ACUUCCGGGAAGGGGAAGCCGCACUUACCUAGCGGCAACAUGGAUGCUGCCAGCGAAAGCGAAGAGCCGGUUUCUGGGGAAGCGUUGUCCAUCGCCCAUGCUCUUUCUUACCCUCCCGAGUCAUAUGGCAACGACCCUGAUAUUGAAAUGGCUUGGGCCAUUCGAGCAAUGCAGCAUGCUGAAGUCUAUUAUAAACUGAUUUCAUCAGUUGACCCACAGUUUCUGAAACUCACCAAGGUGGAUGACCAAAUCUACUCUGAGUUCCGGGAAAAUUUUGAGACACUCAGGAUAGAUGUAUUGGACCCAGAAGAACUCAAAUCAGAAUCAGCUAAAGAGAAGUGGAGACCAUUCUGUUUAAAAUUCGAAGGGAUCGUAGAAGAUUACAACUAUGGUACUUUGCUGCGACUGGAUUGUUCUCAGGGCUACACUGAAGAGAACACUAUCUUUGGUGAGAAUAUCUCAAUAAACGGUGACAGAAAUUUGAUAACUAAAUGGCAGUCAUUGAAACUGGAUGAAAAUAUGUGAUGGGAUGAAAUACUUAGGUCUCAGAUAACCACACAAAAUGCAAAGACUAAAAGGUAACUCCACCAGAAAUUCCAGUCAUUAAAUGCCAAAAGGGAGAAAAGUGGGAAAUAGCAAGGAGUUUUUAGGGCAGUUGCUUAAACUGAAGAUUCAAUAGUGUUUGUACUUCCUCCCUUCUUGACAGUAGUAUUAUUGACAUUCAGGAUUUAACUGAAAUUAUCUUCUAAUGAGUUCAGAUUAAAUGACUACUUUUUCAGGUAGAACCCAUCAUUCCUAGCAAAAUCUAAGCUCUCUAGAAGAGUACAUGGAAUUGUCAUUUCGUUUUUAUCUCUUACAAUUUAUUCCUAAACUCUGUACAACCAGGGUUUUCUUCCACCACUCUACUUCGGUUGCUCACAAUGUAGGUAAUAACAUACAAAUUGAUAAAUCCACUGAUCACUUAUCAAGCACCAAUCUUUUAGUGACUUUUGACAUAAUUAUUUUUUUACCUUUCUAAACAUAUUACACACAUUGAAAUAAUAGUUUCACAAUCUUCCCGCUCCACUAACAACAGUUAUUUUUCCUCUUUAAAUUUUAGGAAUACACUAGAAUUAGUCCUAGAGCCUGUUUUUGUUUUUGUUUUCUUUUUUUUUUCAAGGACAAAAGCUUGUUUUAUUUUAAUGGCUGAUCCACGAGAGGCCACAGCCAGGCCACUAUGUACAGACAUGAGGGAAGCUUCAUUUCUUGGUCUCUUCCUCCUUGGACAGAGUCUUGAUGAUCUCCUCCUUCUUUGCCUGGAGGCGCUCCUCCCAGCGCUUUCAUGCUUCCUUGGUUUUAGACCUACGAGUCUCAGCCUGGUCAGCCAGUAGCUUCUUGCGAGCCUUGUCUGCCUUCAGUUUGUGAAUGUGCUCCAUGAGAAUCCACUUGUUUUUGAACACAUUCCCUUUGACCUUCAGGUACAGACUGUGAUACAUAUGGCGGUCAAUCUUCUUAGAUUCCUGGUAUCUCCUGAGAAGCCGGUGCAGGAUCCUUAUCCUUCUCAUCCAGGUCACCUCUUGCUCUUCCCUAUGCCCAUAUGCCCACCCUUCCAUCGGGCCAAGGUAUUUUUCCAGCAGCAAGCCCGGGAAUGGACAGUCACAUGCUUCCGUAUGAUCAGCCCAUCUUUGAUCAGCUUCCUGAUCUGCUGAUCGGAGUUGGCAUUGGCGAUUUCGUUGGUCUCUUUGGGGUCCAACCAGACCUGCGUAUUACCACAGAGAAGGACACUAGAGACAAGCCUCUUCUGUAGCCUGAGCAUGCUCAUGGCUGCAGACGCAGCAGCGAAAGGAGAGAGCUUGUUUUUGUUUUCUUUUACUGUGCCUAGAUCCCUCUUUAGUUAUUCUCACUCAUCCAUUAUUUCCUAGAUUUAAAGGUUAUCUAUGAUGCUGGAGAGUCAAACUUUUACUUUUAAUCUCAGAGUUUUGGUUCCCACCAUGAAGCCCUUUCUUAUCCAACUAAUUUAGCAAAAUUUGCUCUUGUAUGCAUAAAAUACAUUACAUUCUAAAAUACUCAAAUUUGAGUUCUUGAAAUUCACUUUCAUUUUCGUUCUUUCUGUAGAUUGUCUUGUCUUAAAAGAUUGAUUGAAAAUAAAGAUGGUCAGUUAAUUCUUACAGAUAAUCAGUAUAAAAGCUUGGGAUCGUACCAAACUGCCUUUUGAUUUCAAGGAUAUUAGGAAAUCCAGCAUGAUAACAAAUUCUGAUAGCUCUAUCAUGAAAAUAAAUCUAAAAUCUGAAAAUCAACUUCAGAAUCACUACUGUGUAUAGCCUAGUUGGGGAAAGUGUGUCAAUGUGGAGGUAAGCAUUGAGACCAUCUUCCUAGCUGCCUGGAAGACAAUAUACUGCUGGUUCCCUUCAGAACCAGGUGUAGAACUCAGCUCCUUCUCCAGCACCAUUUAUCUGUCUCAUGACAUCUUCCAGUGUGAAUCUCUUCUGUGUGUCUCUUUCUAUUCCCGAAUAUUUUCUGCCUCUCAGAUGUUCCACCUUCUAUUCUACACUUUUCUAAAAGCCAUAGAUUUUUUUUAAUUGACAGGUGAUACAUCCAUACAAUAUAUAAAUUAUUCUCACUACAGUUCUUCUUUUUAGUUUAAUAAAAGGCUCUUUUUCUUUCAAAUAUGAAUUGAAUACAAUUAUAACAAUUAUAAAACUAUGAGGUAUGAUAUAUAUUGACAAUGUGUAGUCCAUAGUAUUUGAAAGUUAAGGAAAAAAAAUCGUCUAUUCUAUCUUGGAUUAUCAACCUAAAACCAUCUUUUUAGACCUAGAACACCACCUUAAAUCAUAAACGUUUUAAGCUUAUAGGAUGACUAUGACGAUCUAGUUUUCAACCUCAUCAGAGACCUGAGAAGGGACAAAUAUUACCUGAGUUUUUAGGAAGUGCAGGGAUGCAGCUUCCAAAAAUUAUAGAAAUGACAGUGACAGUUGACUGCCUGGAUAGUCCCCAUAUUCUCUAAACUAUUGGAGUAUCAUCUUCAGCCUUAUGACCCAGAAUAUUUGAAGGAUCUUUUGUGAAGCAGAAAUUAUGAAGGACUUGCUUAGCCUCUCUUGCCAGAGUCCAGCAGUUGAUGUCCCUGUGUCCAUUUGCUCUUUCUGGAUAGCAUUCUGUCUGUAGAUGAAGUUAGGGCAUUUUCUUUGCUCAGUGGCUAGCUUGCCACAAAUGAAGCCAUCUCUAAAUGGAGGUCUUUCAAUGCUCAUCUUCCAAAUUGAAUGGGGUGUUGCCAGGAGCUGACUUGUUUCAAAGUCAAAAAUUUUUCAAAUUAGUAAAAACAAAUUUAAAUGCCAUAUUCUGUGAGUCUCUUAUCUGAACAAGCUAACAUUGUUGUAUCUAGCUAUUUAUCAUCUGCUCAACCCAGGAUGUAUAUUUCUGUGAUAAUCUAGACUAAUGUCUGACAAGACCAUGAGUUUGAUUGGUUGACUAUUAACUUGCAUUAGUUAAUUAUCCCAAACUGUUUGUAACAGCAGCUAUUAAAGGGACUGGGACUAAACUUUGUAUUUUUAAAUGAGUCGUUUAGGCACAACGACUAUCUAAGAGUUGAAACAAAAUAUAUAGUAUAUUGUUAUACAUAUAAAACCUUAAAUUUUGUAUCAAUAUACAAAGAUUUAUACCAGUGAAAACCUUAAACCUGUAUUAAUGUACAAUGAUCUGUAGCCAUGUAAACAAAAAUAAACUUUUUUAAGAAUAAUAAUAGCUUUAAGUUGAAGAAUAGAUUCAAUAACCUACCUUUUACUCUAUAUGAUAAUUCUAUAUUUCCCCUUUUUCUUCUCAAUCCCCCCAUCCUCUGUCUAAAAAAGAAAAAAGGACAGAGAAAAGGAAAGGAAAGAUAAAAAUUCCUUAGUAUAAGCUCCUUCUUUCAUUUUCUCCCUGACCAAGACCAUAAUUAUUUUUAAUCAUCCCCUAAAAUGACAACAUAUCCAUAACUCAUAAGAUGACCAAAACCAUUUACUUCAACUUUAGGGACUGGGACUACUGUCUUAUAAUUGUUCAUACUGUAUGUUGUUUAUUAUUAUAAGAGAAAUAGCCUUUUUUAUUUAGGAAAAAAGGAGACAUUUUUGAGGUUUAGUCUGUCGUUAUGUAUUCUAAUGCUAAAUUCUGUACCUGAAGGUCAAGGCGUACAAGUGAAUUCUCAUGUUUCCCAGCUUUUGUCAUGGAAACCUUGUUUUUUAAAUUUAAAACUAUUGGCUACAUAAAAAUGGCUAUAGCCAAUUACUGGAGGGACUAGAGGUAGGAAGGUUUUGAGUUACCUGGUUGGGAGUUGCAGAGGGAGAGAGAGAGGUAAAGGAUGCUUGAGAGAGGAGGAAGCCGCCAUGAGGGGAGAUGGGCCAUGAGCACAUGGCCAGGAGAAACAGCAAGUAUUUGGGGUACACCACUGAGGAAGUAUCCAGGCAAAAAGUUAGAAAAGUAGAUUAGGGGUUACCCCCCAGUAAUUGUCAAAGUCAAAUAAAAUCACCACAGUCUGAGUCUCAUUCAUUUGUAAGCUAGAUGGGGAUAAAUUUAAAUCAGUUCAACUAUACUCAACAUGGUCUCUAGCAGCAGGAAGGACCAUGGACAUCAACAUGGACUCAGGUACCAACACUGACCAUGCAUAUCCACAUGGCCUCUGGCAGUAACAGAGACUACAGACGCCAACAUGACCUCUGGCAGCAGCACAUAUCAUAAAGGUCUUUUGAGGAGGGCCAAUUCCGAAAGUGAACCUUCCUUCAGGCUGCUACACACCACUCUGCCAGCCCUAUUUAGCAACAACGUGCUCCCCUGUCCACCAGAGUCCUGCUUCUGCCUCUGUUACUGCUGCAGUUGCUACUGUGUCUCUACCUCUCUCGGCUCCAUGCAUGUUGUUCUGUUCUGCCAUUGUUCCCAACUCUCCACCACAAAUUUAUUUAUUUAUCGCAUUGCAAACUGCAGUGUGUCACACAUUAUAUAUUUUUUCCCAAAUGGAUUUGCAUGAAAAUACUUAUUGUAAAAACUCAUUGGUCUGGUUCAAGGUUUCAGAUUUCUGAAGCACCAUAAAUACUGGACUAUCACGGAGACUCCUCUCAGAUAUCCCGUUGUUUGCCCAAAGUCAGCAUGAUUUUGUGUCUGGGCAAGGUGUCCAGAGAAGGAUCAGUGAGAACUCCAGGUCAUUGAUGGCUCCAGGCCAUCAAUGCUGGCUGCCCCACUGGGUUUGACUGUUGUACCUGGAGCCAGCAUCAUGGCCCCCAUGCUCUCCUCCCUGCAGCAGGGUGAGCAACUCCAUUCUGUGGCCCUGCUAGUUCACUCUGAGGACCUGACCUACUCAGCAACAAACUGUUCCCUUGUCCUGAGGGCCAAGCUCCCAUACCACUCCCAUACCACAGGCACCAAGUCUCUAGUUUGUUUGCCAUUCUCUUGUGGCUCGGCUCCACUAUCAUUCUUUCCCAAUUUCAUGAGACCACUUUUUAAUAGCAUCUUCCCAUAAAACCUACUCUUCAUUCACUGUCAUGUUUCCCCUGGGAGGUACCAUGAGUCUCUCAGGCUCCUCUGGGCUGCUCCACUGACCCUUGAGAGCCUGUGGCCACUGCUGUUUUGUGCUCCCUCAGCCUAUAUAUUCUCUUAAUUGAUAUUUAGCAUGAUUCCAAGUUUUGCUUAUUGUAACUAAAGCUAUGAGAGAUAGUUUGCCAUCUUUUAUUGUUUCUAAAUAAAACUACAGAAGUAGAAUUGCUGGGACACACAGUAGGUGUAUAUUGAAUGUUCAUAUGAAAGUGACUGUUUUUUCCAAAAUAUUAUGCAAUUUUGACUCCCACCAGCAACGAAUGACACUUCAAGGUGCUUUGCAUAAAUACAAAUGAUUGACAUUAUGAGUUUUUAAAAUACUCACUGUAGUGUGUAGAACCUAGUAUUACACUGAGAUUUUAAUUUGCAUUUUCUAACAGUUAUAUUGAGGACAUUUUUCUGCAUUAUUGGCAAUUGAUUUCUCCACUGCAUUAUCCAUGAAAUAUAAUGUGAAGUUUUUAUAUACAUAUACAUUAUGGAGUAAAUAAAGUGAAUUAAUGUAUCUAUCAUCUCAUAUACCACUUUUUGUGAGAAUGUUUAAAAUAUUCUGGGAAAGAUAUUAGGAAUGGUCAAAUAGAUACUGUAUUAUUAUUACUUAUACUCACCUUGCAGUAAAAUCUAUCUUCAGAAUUUAUUCUGUUUGUCUAACUCAAAUUUGGUAGUCUGUCAGCAUCUACCCAUUAUCAAUUAUCCUCCAGUCCCUGGUAACCACUAUUAUACUUUCUCCUUCUAUUUUUUAAUUUCUUUGGAUUCAAUAUGGGAAUGAGAUCAAAUAGUAUUUUUCCUUUCUGUAUGUGGCUUAUUUCAAUUACCACGAUGUCCACCCAAUUCAUCAAUAUUAUUACUCUCCUAAAAACAUCCUAUUGUGUAUGUAUAUUACAUUUAGUUUAUUUAUUGUUAGACACUUAAGUGGAUCCCACACCUUGGAUAUUAUGAACAAUUAUUUAGUCUUUUCUGGGUUCAUACAUAUUUUAGGGUUUUUUCUAUUUUUGUAAAGAAUCAUAUUGGGAUUUUUAUAGAGACUGUCUUCAAAUCUUUAGCUAACACUGGGUAGUGUGGAUAUUUAAAAUAAUAUUUAUUUACUUUUAUCUUGCAUGUAUGAGUAUUUUGCAUACACACACACAUACACACACACACACACAUAUAUACAUAUAUAUGUAUGUAUGUGCACCCUAUACAUGUGCCUGGUACCCACAGAAUCCAGAAGAAGGUAUUAAAUCCUUGGAACUGGACUUACAGAUGGUUAUAACAAUACAGAUAUUGUCCUGGAAACUGCCAAGAUCAGUAUACAGAUAUAGUUCCGCAUUUAUCAAAAUUCCAAUGUCAUGUUUCACCAAUUUAGGAAAAACAAUCCAUAUGGAACCACAAAGGCCAUGAGUAGCCAAAGCAAUUCAAGGAGUAGGAACAUGGCUAGAGGUAUUAAAACACCCCGCUUUAAAUUAUACUACACAAAUGUUGGAUUUUGUUAAAAGCUAUUUAUGCACCCAUUGGUAUGAUCAUAUGAAUUUAUCCUUUUUGAUUAAUAAUGUAUGUUGCAUUAUUAAUACCAGGAAUGCGUUCCAGAUUUAACUUAAAUCUGGUGAAUGGCUCUUUUAAUGUUAUGUUGAUUGCAAUUAGUUAAAGAUUACACUGACUACUUUCAAAAAUUUUUGUUCCUCAGCUUUAGGAACAAGGCUAUUGCUAGUUUUGUAAGAUGUUUUUGAAACUAUUCCCAAUUAUCUGAGAGUGGGGAGGUUUGCAAGGGUCAGUGUUAAUUCUUCUUUCCACGUUUGAUGGAAUACACCUGUGCUGGGCUUCUUUUUGCUAGGCUCUACCCUUUACUUGCUUCUAGUCUACUCAAAUUUUAUAUUUUAUUUUGGUUUAGUCUUGGGAGCUUGUAUAAGUGUAGGAAUGUAUCCAUCUAGGCUAAAUUAUCCAGUUUGUUGUGUGAUUGUUCACAUCCUUUAUAUCUGUGUUGUCAAUUGAAAUGUAACAUUUACUUUUCUUUCCAGCUAAGCCUGCCUGCCUGCCUGCCUGCCUGCCUGCCUGCCUUCCUUCCUUCCUUCCUUCCUUCCUUCCUUCCUUCCUUCCUUCCUUCCUUUCUUUCUUUCUUUCUUUCUUUCUUUCUUUCUUUCUUUCUUUCUUUCUUUCUUUCUUUCUUUCUUUCUUUCUUUCUUUCUACACUUCAAAUUUUAUUCCCCUCCUGGUCCACCCUCCAACUGUUCCACAUCCCAUACCUCUUCCCCGCCUCCCUAUCUCCACGAGGACGUCCCCACCCCACCCACCCCACCCACCCCACCAGACCUCUAAACUCCCUGGGGCCUCCAGUCUCUUGAGGGUUAGGUGUAUCUUCUCUGACUGAACCCAGACCUGGGAGUCCUCUGCUGUAUGUGUGUUGGAGGCCUCAUCUUAGCUGGUGUAUGCUGCCUGGUUGGUGAUCCAGUGUCUGAGAGAUUUCGGGGGUCCAGGUUAAUUGAGACUGCUGGUCUUCCUACAGGGUCGUCCUCAGCUUCUUCCAGCUUUUCUCUAAUUCAACCACAGGGGUCAGCAGCUUCUGUCCAUUGGUUGGGUGCAAAUAUCUGCAUCUGACUCUUUCAGCUGCUUGUUGGGUCUUUUGGAGGGCAGUCAUGAUAGGUCCUUUUUUGUGAGCAUCCUUUGCACUGGAUCCCACUUUGGGCCUGUCGCUGUACCCACGUUUCCUCAGGCACUUCUCCAUUUCCAUCCCUGCAGUUCUUUCAGAAAGGAACAGUUAUGGGUCAGAGUUUUGACUGUGGGAUAGCAAUCCAACCCCUCACUUGAUGCCAUCUUUCUGCUGGAUGUGAGUUCUACAAGUUCCCUCUCUCCAUUGUAGGGAAUUUCAUCUAGAGCCCCCACCCCCCGACUUUGAGUCCUGAAGGUCUCCCACCUCACAGGUCUCUGGUACAUUCUGGAGGGUCCUCUCAACCUUCUUCAUCCCGAGGUUGCCUGUUUCCAUUCUUUCUGCUGGCUCUCAGGGCUUCAGUCCUCCCCACCCCACCUCUGCCUAAUCAUGUUCCUCUCUCCCCACUCCUGUCCUUUUACCUCUCCCAGGUCCCUCCCUCCACCUUGCAGUUGCUUUCUUCUCCCUCCCAAGAGGGACUGAGGCUCCUCACUUGGGCCCUUUAAAUUGUUAAUCUUUUUGAGUUUUGUGACUUGUAUUUUGGGUAUUCUGUACUUUAUUUUUUGGCUAAUAUCCACAUAUUAGUGAGUACAUACCGUGCAUGUCCUUUUGGGUCUGAGUUACCUCACUCAGGAUGAUAUUUUCUAGUUCCAUCCGUUUGCCUGCAAAGCUCAGGAUGUCCUCGUUUUUAAUAGCUGAGUAAUAUUCCAUUGUGUAGAUGUAUCAGCUUCUGGCUAUCACAAAUAAUGCCGCUAUGAACAGAGUGGAACACGUGCCCCUGUGGCAUGGUGGUUUUUAAUUAUUUGAAUAUUUUUUUCCCUUUUUCUUAGUCUACAUAAACAUUUGUCAGUUAUCUUUAUCUUUUUUAACUGUUUUUUUAAAGAUUUAUUCAUUUAUUAUAUAUAAGUACACUGUAGCUGUCUUCAGAUACACCAGAAGAGGACAUCAGAUCCCAUUACAGAUGGUUGUGAGCCACCAUGUGGUUGCUGGGAAUUGAACUCAGGACCUCUGGAAGAGCAGUCAGGUGCUCUUAACCACUGAGCCAUCUCUCCAGCCCCCUAUCUUUAUCUUUUUAAAAGUCAAGUUUAUUUUGUUUUAUACUGCUUUUCCAGUCUCUAGUUUAUUAACUUUGGUCUGAUCCUAUUUUAUUCCUUAAAAUAACUUAGUGCUUAUUUUACCCAGUUAGAGCUUUAGCCAUAAGGUUGGUUGACAGCUUGCCUUUUUGAUGGAUGCUGUAAAUAUUCUUCUUAGAACUACUAUGAGUUGUAAAUCCCAUUAGAUUUCAAAUGUUGUGUUUCCACUUAUUUUUCUCAAUAUACCUUUUUAUUUUCUUAAAAAAAUUCUUUGUUGGCUCAUUGAUCAUUUCAUACCAUAUAUUCAAAUUUCUCUAAAUUCUCAUUGUUGCCAGUUUUUGUACCCAUGUUCAGAAAAGUUAUUUGAUAUGUGUUCUAUCUUUUGAAAUUUAUUAGAAAUUGUAUGUCCUUCCUGUAGAAUAUUCCACAUAUGCUUGAAAAUAAUAUGUAUUCUGCUGCUAUUGGACUGAAUGAUUACAUAUUUGUGUUAAGUAAAUUUUACUUACAUUGUACUGAAAGUCCUAUGUUUCUUUAUAAUUACUCUGGAUAAUAUAUCCAUUGUUGAAAGUGGAGUAGUCCCUUACUUUUAUUUCUGCUUCUCCUUUUAUAUUUAUUAAUAUCUACUUUAUACAUUUAAGUGCACACAAUUGGGUGUAUACAUUUGUAAUUUAUGCAUCCUUCUUCUUUAAGGAAUUGAGUGGAAUUUGUUACAGGGCAAUACUAACAGUCUCAAAGGCUGAGUGCGGGCUUCUUUUUUUUUUUUUUUUUGUAAAUACAAUAUUUUCCCUUCUCCAACUACUCCUAGAUCCUCCCUACCUCCUCACCCACCCAAUUCCAUGUCCUUUCUUUCUCUCUGUUUUUAGGGAAAAAAAAGGAACAAAUAAGCACCACAACAGCAAAAAACCAAGCAGGCAAGCAAGCAAGAAACAAACAAACAAAAAACCCCACACAACACAAAAACACUAAAUCAGAGAUCAUAAUAUACAAGCAAAAGACCAAUAAUACAAAACAGGGAGAGAGAGAGAGAGAGAACAGAGAGAGAACGGGUGGGGGGAGGAAGGGAGAGAGAGGAGAGGAGAGGAGAGGAGAGGAGAGGAGAGGAGAGGAGAGGAGAGGAGAGGAGAGGAGAGGAGAGGAGAGGAGAGGAGAGGAGAGAAAAACAUCCUUGGGGUGUUGGACAGUUCAUUUUGUGAAUUCAACUUAGCUGGAGAAGAGGCGAGGAAUUCCAAUAAUGGAUUGGGACUUUCCUGGAAAAUUAAGUUGCUCUCUUUUUUGUCCUUUUAUGGGAUUUUCAGAUAUGGGAUACAAAUCAGAUGUAUGACAGGGAGGACAAUUUUGCACAGCUAAUGAUAAAGGGCUCCCAAUACAACGAAGCAACGGGUAAUUAGCAAUCUUCACAGUUGGCCACUUUGGUAUUAUCUUGCUUGGUGUGGUUUUGUCUUUACUGUUUGCUUAAUCUCAUUAUGUCCUAUUGUAGUACAAGUCUGCAGCUGUAUCAGCCUUUAGCCAUUAGCCAUCUGCCUCUUUACCCUUUCUGCCCCUCUAGCUUAUUUCUCCCCUUGGAGACUUCCAUUCCUUAAUCUUGGGUGAACGGCUACUAGUUGACAUUGUGCUGUUGACUCUACCUAUUGAGGGAAAGGAAAUGUCUCUGAUCUGUGGCAGUCAGAGGAACUGCAGGUGCCUUUGAAAUCUCGCAGGACAAUAUUUUUAGCACCAAAUUGUUGAAAUCUGGAAGUUUGCAUUUUAUAGUAAAAAAAAGUGUAGGGACCAAAUAUGAGGAGCAGAAUAACAGUUACCAGGGGCUUAAGAAGGGUAGGAUCUAGUUUAGACCCUGGAAGCAAGACAAUUUUUAUGGCUAUCCAAAUGAUUGUUUAUGUCUAGGCAAUAUUACAUUAAAAUAAUGUAGACAUUUUGUCCUAGACUAAGAAUUAUAGUAAACCAUAAUGCACAGAAAGAAAUGUAGCCUGUGAUGAAGCCAAAUGAAUAUAUUUAUCUUCUUAUUUGACUAUUGGGCCUUUAAAUAGUACAGACACCUUGCAGGAACCUCUAUUAUAGGACUUCCAUCUCAGGAUCUGAUCUCCACUUUGUAACACUAAAGAUAAGCCUUUGUGAUUAUUGGAUUCAGAUAACACAAACAUAUAUCUCAAGUCUGAGGUAGACAACAGAAAAUUUGUUUACAUAAUUAAAAGUACACUGGCUAUAUAUUAAAAUAACUUAAUCACAGUAUGUUAAGAAGGGUUGAAUUAUACAUUAUGGUGAGAGCUAGCUGGACUGGGAAUCUAAACGAUUUAUGGCUCUUGGUUAAGACAUAAGAAGUGUGUCCAGAGUCUGUAAGAAACUGUUGGCCUUCUUCCCAAACACUAUAUCCACUGGUGUCCUUUUCUUUUCUUUUUUCUUUUUUCUUUUUUUUUAGAAGAUCCUGUAACAACUGUUGUAGUAAGUACUAAGAAUUAUGUUUUAAUUACUUUUAUUUUUUUACAGUCUAGCCUUACCUUUCUCCUAGUCCACCCUCCCACAGUUCCUCAUCCCACUCCUGCCCUUGUCUCCAAGAGAAUAUCCCCACCCUCCACCCUCUCCAGGUCUCCCCAUUCCCUGAGGCCUCCAGUCUCUUGAGGGUUAGGUGCAUCUUACUGAGUCCAGACCUAGCAGUCCUCUGCUGUAUAUGUGUCAGGGACCUUGAACCAGUUCCUGUAUGCUGCCUGGUUGGUGAUCCAGUGUCUGAGAGAUCUCAGGGGUCCAGGUUAAUUGAGACUGCUGGUCCUCCUACAGGGUUGCCCUACUCUUCAGCUUCUUCCAGAUUUUCCCUUUUUCCUGUUUCUGUCCACUGCUUGGGUGUAAAUAUUUGCAUGUGUCUCUUUUAUCCAAGAGAAGUAGAUGGCAGGAAAUAAUCAAACUCAGGGCUGAAAUCAACCAGGUAGAAACAAAAAGAACUAUACAAAACCAGGAGCUGGUUCUUUGAGAAAAUCAACAAGGUAGAUAAACCCUUAACCAGACUAACCAGGGGGCACAGAAAGAGUAUCCAAGUUAACAAAAUCAAAAAUUAAACAGGAGACAUAACAAAAGAAUCUGAGUAAAUUCAAGAAAAUCUGGAUGAAAUGGACAAUUUUGUAGACAGAUACCAGUUAUCAAAGUUAAAUCAGGAUCAGACAAACCAUCUAAACAGUCCCAUGACACCUAAAGAAAUAGAAGGAGCUAUUAAAAGUCUCCCAACCAAAAAAAGCCCAAGACUAGAUAGGUUUAGUGGAGAAUUCUAUCAGACCAUCAUAGAAGAACUCAUAUCAAUACUGUCCAAACUAUUCCACAAAAUAGAAACAGAAGGAAGACUACCCAAUUCCUUCUAUGAAGCCAUAAUUACGCUUAUAUCUAAACCACCCAAAGACCCAACAGAGAAAAACAACUUCAGACCAAUUUUCCUUAUGAAUAUCAAUGCAAAAAAGCGAAUAAAUCUUGCAAACUGAAUCCAAGAACACAUAAAAAUGAUUAUCCAUCAUGAUCAAGAAGGCUUCAUCCCAGGGAUAAAGGGAUGGCUCAAUAUACGGAAAUCAAGCAAUGAAAUCUACUAUGUAAACAAACUCAAAGGAAAAAAACCACAUGAUCCUCUCAUUAGAUGCUGAAAAAGCAUUUGACAAAAUUCAACACCCCUUUAUGAUAAAAGUCCUGGAAAGAUCAGGAAUUCAAGGCCCAUACCUAAACAUAGUAAAAGAAAUAUACAGCAAACCAGUAGCCAAAAUUAAACUAAAUGGAGAGAAACGUGAAGAAAUCCCACUAAAAUCAGGGACUAGACAAGGCUGCCCACUCUCUCCCUACUUAUUCAAUACAGUACUCAAAGUCCUAGCCACAGCAAUCAGAUAAUGAAAAGAGGUCAAAGGAAAACAAA